UCCUUCUUCUCUAGAUUGUGCUCUCUUCUCAUCUCUGACGAGCCAUGACUAGAAAGAAAGUAAAACUAACCUACAUCAGCAACGACUCGGCGCGAAAGGCAACGUACAAGAAGAGAAAGAAGGGCUUGAUGAAGAAGGUGAGUGAACUCAGCACCCUUUGUGAUGUUCAAGCAUGCGCGAUUAUUUACAGCCCGUAUGACUCUCAACCGGAGGUCUGGCCAUCGCCGUUGGGAGUCCAGCGGGUUCUUGCCCAGUUCAAGACCAUGCCGGAGAUGGAGCAGAGCAAGAAGAUGGUGAACCAAGAGAGUUUUCUGCGGCAGCGGAUCGCCAAGGCCAACGAGCAAUUGAAGAAGCAAAGGAAGGAGAACCGCGAGAAGGAGAUGACGAGAGUGAUGUUCCAGAGUCUGACUGGGAAAUCCCUCCAGGGUUUGAGCAUGGUUGAUUUGCAUGAUUUGGGGUGGCUGGUUGACCAAAAUUUGAAGGAGAUCCACAACCGGAUGAAGAGUCUGAAUGAUCAGGAAUCUAAGAGCCAAGUGCAACUACAACCAACGGUGCUGCCUGCAGCUGCUGCAACAGCGGCGGAGGGUGAAGUGGAGAGGCAGCAGGGUUUUGCGCUGAACAAUAAUGUGGACACCGCAGUGCAGAGGCAGCAUCAGCCAUGGUUCAUGGACAUGAUGAACGUCCCACAAGAUUAUCAGCAGCAGCAUAUGGCAGGGCUUGGUGGUGGAGAUGAGGUGCAUAUGCUGCCAUUUCCAGCGGAUCACAGCCAAGUUAAUGCAAUUUGGUCUAAUAAUUCCUUUUACCCUUAAGUUGCUUCUGUAUUAUUAUUUUUAUAAUUCAGCCUCGAACCACAGCAGGGUUUUAAUCUCGAGG